UAAAARUUCCUCAUUUAUCAUGAAAAUAUUAUAUCAAUCGUGUUAGUAAAGUUACUAAAAACCUAGAUUACCUAGUUAAAAGAGUUUUUAUAUGGUUAUCUGCUGAYAUUAUUAGCUUAUUAGCUAAUCUGAGCGUAAGCGUGGCUGUGCUGCUUGUGGCAAGACUUUUUGAUCUCUAGAAACAUAAUGUCAGUAUAGAGAACAAAAGCAUAGUAAGCUCUAGCAUCCCACCGCAUAUUUUUUUCUGCUUGUACUCUUUCAUUGUGAAAUAAUACAUCCGGGAUGCUGCUGAAGCCUCUCUUCCUUGUAGAUGGCGUGGCUCAGCCUGGCCCCUAGAGGCUUCCCGGGACAGAGCCUCAGCUGCAGCCGAGUGCAAGGAGAGUUCAGUUUCGCUUAUGAAGGUGCAGAGGCAGGAAGCUGACCUGACUCAGGUCGGCGAACUGACGUGACUCGUUCCUUUUUUCCUAGUCUCGCAGUGAUGACUACCGGUUUUAAUUAUCGUGGAUGCUUUUUGACCUUACAAUAAUAUAAAUAUACCUACCAUCAAAGAGAACUUGGAACCUGUUACAGUUAAUUCGUUCAUCAUGCACAUGAAUCUUACCCUUGUGCUGAAGAAGGUAAAUGCUAGCAUAUUCUUCCUAGCUGCAGAUGCUUCUGUGCUUCUCUAAUUACCCUUCCUUUCAGUUAAAAUUAUUUGGAGAGUGUGUGUUUUGCUAUGAUGAAGACCUGAAUAGAAUUUCUCUCCUGUAUUACUGUGACUUUACGUCUUCUGCAUCCCAGACAACAUCUGUAUGUUGUCCAGAACACUCUUUAAGCCAGUCUGGGGUUAUUGAGUUCCUCCAGACUYUCCAAGUCUGUCCAGAGCUUGAGCUGUGCCAAGGUGACUUUCUCUCACUUUGGGAAUUAUACAGUACUCUCUCUCCAUAUAUCAYUGAGGCGUGAUGUAGUAGCAUUAACAGCUUGAUUCAGUCAUUAACAAGAAAUUGCAAAAAGACAAGCAAACUGCUGCUGCUGACCACAAACAGUUUGGCAUGCUGUGGGAAAGGAGCAGCUGUGUCAUCAUGUUUAAAUGAGAGCCUGAGACGAAACCUGAGUUCUUCUGGGGCAGGUGAGCCAACCUGGGGGUUGGUGCUGUUGAUUUAUUUAACUUGGUGCUGGACCCCACUGCACCUCAGAUACUGAUAWAUUACAUAUUGCUGAGUCUUCUGGCAGCAAAUUAAAAAUAUGUAUUUGUUCCUCCUUUCCAUUUCACCUUUGCUUUUGAAAGUCACUGGCACCAAAGAUGUUGUAUUUGGUCAUAAAAAUUUCACAGAAUAUCAAGUGGGCAACAUGAACCUCAUUCUCUCUGUCCCACAUGGUGGGUCAAUGGAACCCAAAGACAUCCCUGAUCGAGAGGCUGCCUGUUGGGAUGCAAAGACAUCCUCUUGUAUUUUCUCUCAUGACUGUCCUCCUGGAAGUAUUCAAAAUUCUAAGAAAUGCAAAGUGUCUACCAACCAAGACAGGUAUACUAUAGAGGUGGCUCAAGCUCUUGCUGAAGAAAUCAACAACAUUACUGAUGGCUUCUUCCCACAUAUCAUCAUAAACCACCUACAGCGGUUCAAGAUGGAUGCUAACAGGGAAAAGGAAGAAGCCUCCUUUGGAAUUCCCCAAGCAGAACAGGCCUGGGAGGACUAUAUGGGAUUUUUGACYACUGCAAAAUCACAGAUGUCAGGCGGCUUAAUUCUGGAUAUCCAUGGACAAGUACAUCCUGAAAGGUGGAUAGAACUAGGUUACACUCUUUCAAAAACUUCCCUUAACUCAGGUAUCUUUUCUGCAUCAAAUUCCUCAAUUAGCUAUCUGGCCAGUCAGUUGUUCAAUGUGUCUUCUGAGGCUUUGAUUGCAGGGAACAGAAGUUUGGGUAAAUAUAUUGAAGAACAAAAUAAGAGUUAUGUUUGUGUGCCUUCUCCAUCCAACCCUAGCCCAAAUAAUGGAAGCUAUUAUAGUGGUGGAUACAUAACAAAGACUUUUGGUUCCCGCAGUUCUGGCACCAUUGAUGCCAUUCAGCUUGAACUACCCCAGUGGGUGAGGGCAGCUGAAGAGCGCCGCAGAUUUUGUAAAGCUCUGGCAAGGGCUGUAAUGAAAUUCUGGCAAACUAACUACUGCAGCCAGUACAAAUAUGGACUUCUGCCAUGCUGAAAGAGGCUGUCUUGUACCUUUCCUUAAUACAGUAGUGAUCUGGAACAAUAGAASAAUUCACUCAUCUGGAACAUUUAAGCCUGCAAUAGAAUUGUGGAUGCUGGUAGAAAGGAACCAUCCUGCAAAAAAAUACAUUGACAUAGAGGAAGUCCACACUUAGUACCAACAAGUCCAUUAACACACAGCCUUGUGCAGGAUCAAGAAUUCAAAAGGCUGCUGAAAGAUGAGUGGGUGCAAGUAUCACUUACAGUGCUUAAUUUCUUUCCAGUCUCAUCUUCUGUUUUGAAGUACACAAUAAACAACUAAUCUUGUAAUAA